AUUAACUGCUGACGUACUGAUCGAGUUCUGCUAUUCUUCAAUGAGGAACUACAGGCUGAUCUUUUGCCAUAAUCUUAAACAACCAUAAAUGACAAAAGAAUGCUUGGUCAGUGAGGGCAGCUGGCGCAGAAAACGUUUUUCAAACUCGGCUGUUUAAGUACUCUGAGAAAAGACAGCUUUGAUUUUUGGCUGCAAAAAGAUAUGAGGAAGAGCUCCUCCCCUUCCUUGAGUAACUGCAACUCUGUUCUUGCUAACAAAAUAUUUGGAAUUCCACUUGAUGAGCUGCAGCAAGAAGGGCAACCAGACAAUGAGGUUCCAUUCAUAGUCCGCCAUGUCGUGGACUAUAUUGAGGAACAUGGGGGUCUGGAACAAGAAGGACUUUUUCAAGUCAAUGGGAACGCUGAGACAGUGGAGUGGCUUCGGCAGCGGUAUGAUAAUGGAGAAGAUGUGGACCUGGUUAAGGAAGCAGAUGUACCCUCAGCUAUUAGCCUUCUUAGAUUUUUUCUUCAAGAACUUCCAGAGCCAGUUAUCCCAGGCAGUUUGCACAUACAUUUGAUGCAACUUUCUCAAGAUUAUAAUAAUGAAGAUGAAUUUGGAAGAAAGUUGAGGUUCCUCUUGCAGCAGCUUCCACCUGUUAAUUACAGUUUGUUAAAGUUUCUGUGCAAAUUUUUAGCUAAUGUAGCAUCGCAUCAUGAAGAAAUUUGGUCGGCAAGUUCUUUAGCUGCAGUCUUUGGCCCAGAUGUUUUUCACAUUUACACAGAUGUGGAGGAUCUGAAAGAACAAGAAAUAGUUAGCAGAAUAAUGGCGGGACUUCUGGAGAACUACUAUGAAUUCUUUGAAAAUGAAGAGGAAGAUUUUUCAUCUACUAAUGAUCUAAGCUCAAUAACUGAGCAGAUAAAUGAUCUCUUGGAAGAGGAGGAAGAUGUAAAGCUUGAGCAGUCUGAAGAAAUUCCAGAAGAUGGCACAGAGAAACCUGUUGAAAGGCCAGCUGUGGUGCAUCUAGAUAUGACAGGGAGUCUUUCCGAUUCUAGGAGCGUUACAGCAUCAACAAGUGCUCAUAUCUCUCCCAUAAGUAUCUUGCCAGCCUCUGCAGACAUUUUAGAAAGAACAAUCAGAGCAGCUGUGGAACAGCACCUUUUCGACCUGCAGAGCAGCUUAGAUAAUGAUCUUAAACAUAUACAGCAACACAGACUGGGCUGUAACAGUAAAGCACAAAAUCCCAGUGGGGAUGAGGAAGGAUCUAACAACCAGAGUGAUGUUAUUGAAGAUAAUGACACUGGCAGCAGUGAGAACACAGGAGACUGCUCUGAAGUAUUGGUUUGCACUGAUUUAGACAGUGAAGCUAUGAAACAUGAUACUGUAACUGAGGAAGAAGAAAGCCUUCAGGUACCAGCCCUUUCUUCUGCUCAGACUGCAGAUGUAUUACUGAAACCAUGUGAUGAAGAUGCAGAUGUUGAUGGAGAAAAUAAUAGUGAAAGGCAAAAUAGUAUAUUGCUUGAUGGCAGUGACAGAAUAUCUUCAGAGAUGUUUCUGGAUUCAAGCAGCAAGACUUGUGAUCUUAAUGCAAAUACGGAUUCGGAGGUGUCGGAGUAUGGCAACAUUAAUGUUUCUGAGGAAGCUCUGGGUGUCCAAAUACCACGUCUAGAUUUGAAGAAUGUAUCUGAUGGUGACAAAUGGGAAGAUCCGUUUCCUGCUUUCAAAUCUUGGCAGGAGGACAGUGAAUCUGGAGAAGCUCAGCUUUCCCCGCAGGCUGGAAGGAUGACAAAUCAUCCAUUGGAAGAGGACUGUCAUCCGAUAUUGUCGCAUCGUAGUCUGGAUUUUGGGCAAAGCCAACGUUUCUUACAUGAUCCAGAAACAUUAGAUUCUUCAUCCAAAGCACUUUCUUUUGUUAGAACACGAAGAGCAUCCUUUAGCUCAAAAGAUGACAAAAGGGAAGACAAGACACCUUAUCAGCUUGUCAAGAAGUUACAGAAAAAAAUAAAGCAAUUUGAGGAACAGUUUGAAAAAGAGAAGAACAGUAAGCCCUCCUAUAGUGAUAUUGCAGCCAAUCCAAAAGUUUUAAAAUGGAUGACUGAACUUACCAAAUUGAGAAAGCAAAUAAAAGAUGCAAAGCAGAAGAGCUCCAAUGGAGAAUUCAUACCUCAAGCACGUCCACGAAGUAACACUCUUCCAAAAAGCUUUGGUUCCUCUCUUGACCAAGACGAUGAAGAAAAUGGAGAUGAGAUGCGGGUUGUGCAGAAAGAGAAGAAGCCCACUAAGGAAGCUACACUUGAACUCAUUUUGAAAAGAUUAAAGGAAAAACGAGUUGAGAGAUGUUUGCCAGAAGAUAUAAAAAAAAUGACUAAGGACCAUUUGGUAGAAGAGAAAACAUCUCUCCAGAAAAGCCUCCUGUAUUAUGAAAGUCAACAUGGACGGCCGGUUACUAGAGAAGAAAGACAUAUUGUGAAGCCACUUUAUGACAGAUACAGACUUGUAAAACAAAUGUUAACUAGAGCAAGCAUUACUCCUAUUCUUGGGUCACCAUCAACCAAGAGGCGGGGGCAGAUGUUACAGCCCAUUAUUGAAGGUGAAACUGCCCAUUUUUUUGAAGAGAUCAAGGAAGAAGAGGAGGAAAGUGAUGGUUUGUCUGCAGACCUGAAUGAUAUCUUAAAAACUGCUGCCCAAACACAGUCUGUUUUAAGCCCAGUUGAAAACUCCGAGUCUGAUGUUGAAGAUGGUCAAGAGAAGCUGACCCGGGACCUUAGGCUGUCGAGCACCCGCGCUGCAUCUAUGCCUGAAUUAUUGGAGCAACUGUGGAAAGCCAGAGCUGAAAAAAAGAAGCUACGUAAGACAUUACGAGAAUUUGAAGAGGAGUUUUAUCAGCAGAAUGGAAGGAACGUACAGAAAGAAGAUCGGGUUCCAAUGCUUGAUGAGUACAGGGAGUACAAGAAAAUCAAAGCCAAACUUAGGCUGUUAGAAGUCCUUAUCAGCAAACAAGAUUCUUCAAAAUCAAUUUAAAUUCAAUUCCUCCAACCCAUUGAGUAACAUGAUGUUUCCGUAUGCUACCACUGUACUUAUUGGGUGCUUGUGUUCAUUUGUCAUGCACUGUUGGAAGAAUCCAGUUUGUGCACUUUAUUGUGGUGCCACUAUAACAUGUUCGAAGGGUAAGUAGGUCCUGGCUAGAGAGCAAGUAAGAUUUCUAAGUCUGAGACUGCUCUAUCCAACUUUAGCAAACACAGUUUCCAUCAAAGUUUUGUAUUACAGAUGCAUCCAUCUUGUUCCAAAACAACCAUAGCAUUUUUUUUUUCUUUAGCAUUCAAGAACUUUGAUACUUUUGUUAUUACCAACUUCUUGCAUUACUGAAGAAAUUAUUAAUAACAUAAUCUUACACUGAACUACUCCUCUUGCCUGUUUUUUAUUAUGGGGAAAGAAAAAGUCAGCAAAUUAGAUGUACAGCUCUUUUUCCUGGAACAUUUAAAAAACUAGACUGAAAUUCCUUUCAAAGGACUGCUGUGGAACAACAGUAAUUUUUGGUAUUCUAAAUUGCACCUAUAAC